ACAGUAGAAGUCCACGUUUCAUAACAGCAUUUUGCUUUUCCACAAAGAUUUCCAUGGUACAUCGUUACACGUUUGUCGUCCUCUGUCUCCGUACAUAUUUUACCGGGUUCCCUAAAGUGAUUCCACAACUAAUCGGUGAUGACAAAUGGAUGAGUCCUGAAAUAAAGUUAUUAUCUGCUUAAAUGUCGAAAGAAAAUUUCUUCAAAAGAAAGAAAGGUGCUCGUACCUUACGAUAUUCACCUUGUUCUCUGCCGAAUUAUUAUAUCGUUGGAAGGUUUAAUGGUUGCAGUGUGGAGAUCGAAGAUGUGGAGCAAAAACAGCUAUUGUAUUCCUAUGGAUGUUUUGGGAAAGGAAAUCUUUCAAGGAGCUUACCAAAUUUUGAAUCAUCUAUGAAUGAUGUUAGCGAAACUUCAAACUUGAUGGUUGAAGAAGCAUUUUUCCUAAGCUAUGCCAUUGGAUGUUUACAAGUAAAAUUUGAAGAAAAAUUCUUGAAUCUGGACGAAAUCUGGGAUUUGUUUAUGAAAACUACCAACAACUUUUUGUCUCGAUAUCUAUCUUAUCAACAUUUUCGAUUGUCUGGUUGGGUAGUCCGAUCGGGUCUUAAGUUUGGCGGAGAUUUCAUCCUAUACAAACAAGGACCUGAGUUUCAUCAUGCAUCUUAUUCAGUAGUAGUGCGUGACCUGAACAUGUCUAAUGAAAGUAUUGACAGUUGGAUACAACUUGCCACUGUAAACCGUAUUACAGAAUCUGUAUCAAAGGAGCUUGUACUGUGUGAUGUGGUGCCCAUGCAUCCUGUACCUAAGUUAACCACUCCGGAAUGUCUUAGACAUUUGAAAUUAAAUGUUGUGGUCUUGAAGCGAUGGGUUUCUGCCCAAGAACGAAUAAUUGAUUAGCUCAUGAAAUGAGCCCCAUCAGGUGUGUUGAAUGACGUAAGUGUUGCAACUCUGGGACUGGAUGAAUGUAGCAGCAAUGAAGGAGUUAAAGGAUCAAAUAUUCACAUCAAUCAGAUAAUCAAUAAUAAAAUGUAUCAGUGUGCUGGGUAAUAAUCUUAGAACCCUCUAUGCUCUGUGAUCUACCUUUAACUUGACCAAGGAUGAUGUUGAUCUUUUCUGAUUAGUAAUCUACUAGUACUUCCCAAUACAUUUUUGUGGGUAUGUGUAAUGUUUAAGUACAAGAAAUACAGAAAAUUUAUUAUGGUAUU